GGAAAUAAGAAGUAUUUCAAGCGCAGUGAGUUAGCCAAGAAGGAGGAGGAGGCCUACUUCCAGAGAUGUGGCUACAAGCCUGUAAAUGAGAAGCCACCUGGAGAGGUGCAGCAGCAGGAGGAGGAGGAGAAACCACUGGCUGCAUCAAAUCCAGUGCUGGAACUGGAACUGGCAGAAGAAAAGUUACCGAUGACCCUUUCCAGGCAGGAGGUUAUCAGGAGGUUACGAGAGAGAGGUGAGCCCAUCAGGCUGUUUGGAGAGACAGACUAUGAUGCCUUUCAGCGUCUGAGGAAGAUAGAAAUUCUUGCACCUGAGGUGAACAAGGGCCUGAGGAAUGACCUGAAGGCUGCCCUGGACAAGAUUGACCAGCAGUACCUGAACGAAAUCGUGGGUGGCCAAGAAGCAGGAGAUGAUGACUCCCAGAAUGACCUGAAAGUCCACGAGGAGAACACCACUAUCGAAGAGCUAGAAGCUUUGGGAGAAUCCUUGGGUCGGGGUGAUGAUCACUAUGAUAUGGACAUCAUAACCAAGUUCUUAAAG